AUGAACGGCGCCCAGUUCACCGAUCGGGCCAACAAGACCCUGCUCGACUCGGGUGUCUUGUGUGAGCAAUACGCACACACUCAGAUCUUGCCUCUACAUCUCGCAGUUGCUCUCCUCAACCCUUUACCAGAUGAAUCCGAGGAUCAACAAACCCCAUCCGGUGCCCAUGCCUCUCACGAUGCGGCAACUGCACCGCUCUUCCGACAAGUUGUCGAACGCGCGCACGGCGACUCUCAACUCCUUGACCGCGCGCUUAUGAAGCUCCUGGUCCGUCUUCCCAGCCAGGACCCUCCACCAGAGAACCCGAGUGUGUCUCCACAGCUUGCCAAGGUCAUCCGAUCAGCCAGCGAUCUCUCCAAAACCCAAAAGGACAGCUUUGUUGCCGUUGACCACCUCAUUCAAUCCGUCUGCCAAGACCCCCAGGUCCAGCGCGCAUUGGGCGACGCCAACAUUCCCAACCUCAAGUUGAUCGAUAAUGCUGUCCAGCAAAUCCGCGGUACAAGGCGUGUCGACUCAAAGACCGCUGACGCGGAAAGCGAAAAUGAAAACCUCAAGAAAUUUACCAUCGACAUGACUUCUCUCGCCCGUGAAGGAAAAAUCGAUCCAGUCAUUGGCCGAGAGGAGGAAAUUCGCAGGGUUAUUCGCAUUCUUAGUCGUCGCACAAAGAACAACCCUGUACUUAUCGGUGAGCCCGGUGUAGGUAAGACCACUAUCGUUGAGGGUCUCGCCCGCCGCAUUGUCAACGCCGAUAUCCCUGCCAACUUGGCGCAAUGCCGUCUUCUUUCUUUGGAUGUGGGCUCCCUUGUCGCGGGCAGCAAGUACCGCGGUGAGUUUGAAGAGCGCAUGAAGGGUGUUCUCAAAGAGAUCGAAGACUCCAAGGAUACCAUCGUUCUCUUUGUUGACGAGAUCCACCUGCUCAUGGGUGCUGGAUCCAGCGGUGAGGGUGGCAUGGAUGCCGCCAACCUUCUCAAGCCCAUGCUUGCCCGUGGUCAGCUGCACUGUAUUGGUGCCACAACACUCAGCGAAUACCGCAAGUAUAUCGAAAAAGACCAAGCAUUUGAGCGACGUUUCCAGCAAGUCCUUGUCAAGGAACCCUCUGUCCCAGAGACCAUCUCCAUUCUUCGUGGUCUCAAGGAGAAGUACGAAGUUCACCACGGUGUCAACAUCCUAGAUGGCGCCAUUGUUACUGCCGCGACGCUUGCUUCGCGAUACCUCACAGGUCGACGACUCCCUGAUUCUGCCGUUGAUCUCAUUGACGAAGCCGCAGCUGCCGUCAGAGUUACUCGAGAGUCCGAGCCAGAGGCUCUCGACACACUUGAGCGAAAGGCUCGACAGCUCCAAAUUGAAAUUCACGCCCUUGAGCGCGAGAAAGACGAAGCCUCCAAGGCUCGUCUUGAGAUUGCUAAGCAAGAAGCCGCUAAUGUCGGAGAAGAACUUCGCCCGAUGCGCGAGAAGUACGAAAGCGAGAAGCAGCGUAGCCGCGAAGUUCAGGAUGCCAAGAUCAAGCUUGACUCUCUGCAAGUCAAGCGCGACGAGGCUGAGCGUUCUGGUGACACUCAGACCGCUGCCGAUCUUGAGUACUACGCCAUCCCAGAAACCAAGAAUCUGAUCAAGCGACUCGAACAAGAUCGUGCCCGCGCUGAUGCUGAGCGCCGCGCCAAUGCGACCGACGAGGGAGAGACGCUUCUUGCCGAUGCCGUUGGUCCCGAUCAGAUCAAUGAGAUUGUUGGUCGUUGGACCGGUAUCCCCGUCACCAGACUCAAGACCACCGAGAAGGACAAGCUGCUCCACAUGGAGAAGUCUCUUGGCAAGCUCGUUGUCGGCCAGAAGGAAGCCGUCGUCUCGGUUUCCAACGCUAUUCGUCUUCAGCGCUCCGGUCUCAGCAACCCCAACUCGCCUCCCAGUUUCUUGUUCUGCGGUCCAUCCGGUACCGGUAAGACACUGUUGACCAAGGCUCUUGCCGAGUUCCUCUUCGACGACCCCAAGGCAAUGAUCCGUUUCGACAUGUCCGAGUACCAAGAGCGACACUCCCUCAGUCGCAUGAUCGGUGCACCCCCUGGCUACGUCGGCCACGACGCCGGUGGCCAACUCACCGAAAGUCUCCGUCGCCGUCCGUUCUCCAUCCUCUUGUUCGACGAGGUCGAAAAGGCCGCCAAGGAAGUCCUCACUGUCCUCCUGCAACUCAUGGACGACGGUCGCAUCACCGAUGGCCAAGGCCGCAUUGUGGAUGCGAAGAACUGCAUCGUCGUCAUGACCUCCAAUCUUGGCGCCGAGUUCCUCGCUCGCCCAACAACAAAGGACGGUCGCAUCGACCCCUCCACCCGCGAGAUGGUCAUGGGAGCCCUGCGCGACUACUUCCUUCCCGAAUUCCUAAACCGUAUCUCCAGCACUGUCAUUUUCAACCGUCUCACCAGACGCGAGAUUCGCAAGAUCGUCGACCUCCGCCUGCACGAGGUGCAGAAGCGUCUCGAUCACAACGAGCGCAAGGUCACUAUCAGGUGCAGCGAAGAAGUCAAAGACUACCUCGGUGCAGCUGGCUACUCUCCUGCCUACGGUGCUCGUCCACUUGGCCGACUCAUCGAACGCGAAGUCCUCAAUCGUCUCGCUGUUCUCAUCCUCCGAGGCAGUAUCAAGGAUGGUGAAAUUGCUCGUGUUAUCAUGAAGGACGGUCGCAUUGAUGUCCUUCCUAACCACGAGAUUGGUGACAGCAGCGAUAGUGACGAUGACAUGAUGGACGACGAUGAUCUCGAUGCUGAGAUGGAGGGUGUCGAAUCACCCGACCUUUACGAUGAGUAG